GCAGCAGCAGCCGCACGGGACUGAAAUGGAAAUACGGUUAAGAGUAUUUCAACCUGGUGGUUCUCUACAAGAAAAGCACAUCAGCUCUAGUUCAGACCGCCGUGGUCGUACCUGUAGAUCUUCUAAACUGAUGGACUUAAGGGGAAACGGCAGGAUUCUGUCAGGGAUCUUUUUGUUCUGCCAGUUUCAGUGUUUGGUAGCUGUAACAUCUGCGGGGACACAACCAAGAUGUCUGGACAACAUACAAAACUGCACACUUCAGAGCAAUCUUGAGGUGAUUCCAGUCAUUGAGUUUCCACUAAUGCGUGGUGGUCUGCAACGGAUGAAGAGGGAGUGGGUCAUUCCACCUAUUAAUUAUCCAGAAAAUGACAAGGGUCCAUUCCCUAAAAAUGUGGUGAAGCUGAAGUCCAACAACCAUGAAAAGGUGGCAGUAACCUACAAAAUCACUGGGCCGGGAGCAGAUCAGCCCCCAGAGGGCAUUUUCACAGUUGACCAGCGGUCUGGUGUGAUGUAUGUCAUGCAGGCACUGGACAGGGAGAAAACGGCAAAGUACACUCUCUGGGCCCACGCCUUCAGCAAUGGAGCCAAGUUAGAGGAACCCAUGGAGCUCCUCAUCAACAUCAUUGACCAGAAUGACAACGCUCCAGAGUUUACGCAGCAUACUUUCACUGGCAGAGUGAGCGAAAGUGCGGAUGUUGGCGAUGACAUCGUAAGGGUAACAGCGGUGGAUAAGGAUGAUCCAGAGACAGACAAUGGCAUAAUCAGCUAUAAAAUACAAUCUCAGGCACCUCAAAAACCCUCAGACAACAUGUUCACCAUAAACCCAGUGAGUGGAAUGAUCCGACUGAAUGCAGAUGGACUGGACAGAGAGACUCACCCAGAAUACAAGCUGAUUGUUGAGGCUGUUGAUAUGGAGGGGAGAGGGCUGAUGACCACCUGCACUGUUACCAUCAUCAUUACUGACAGCAAUGACAACGCCCCCCGGUUCACUUUCACAUCUAUCACUGCAUCAGUCCCUGAGAAUGAGGUUGGACUGGAGGUAGUAAGACUACAAGUCACUGACCUGGAUGAGUUAGGAUCACCCAACGCAAAUAGCAAAUACUCAAUAAUCAAAGGUAACGAGAGGGGAGACUUCAACAUUACCACAGGCCCAAAUAAAAUGGAGGGAAUUAUUACCACUGCCAAGGCGUUGGACUUUGAAAGCACCUCUGUCUUCACUCUGCUGGUGGCGGCAGCAAACGAGGCACCGUUUUCUGGACCGGUGUCCACUUCCACAGCCACGGUCACCGUGAGAGUCGUGGACAAGAACGAGCCUCCUGUUUUCAGUCCAGCUGUGAUGCACGUGGCCGUUGGAGAGGGUGCGAAAAGCAACACCUCUGUGGUGAAUGUCAGAGCGGAGGACCCUGACGCAGCCAGGAAACAGAGCGUUAGAGAUAAAGUUUUCAAUGACACUGCCAGGUGGCUGAGCAUCGACACCAACUCAGGAUCAGUCCGGCUUGGAAACAGCAUGGACAGGGAAUCAAAAUAUGUUAAAAACAGCAAAUACACAGUUCUAAUCUUGGCUUAUGAUGAUGAUGAUACUCCAGCCACAGGCACUGGUACUCUGGUUGUGACUGUGUUGGAUAUAAAUGACAAUCCUCCCGUUAUUAAGCAGAGGAAAGUCACUGUGUGCAACAGAGAGCCUGUACCUGUCCCCCUGGACAUAGAGGACCUGGAUGGACCCGGUCAUGCGGGUCCUUUCACUGUGGACCUCAUAGGGGAACACAAGACGAACUGGACCAUUAGAACUAACAGUUCUGAUGAUGUGACUCUUCUGGCCCCUAGACGAGACCUCUCCCCAGGAGACUAUAACGUACUGAUGCGCCUCUACGAUAACGGCAUGCUGGCCCAGGACAGCACUCUACAUGUCGAGGUGUGCCAGUGUCGAGGGAGUGUUGCCGCCUGCUUCGUCUCGCGUUCUGCCCCCCAACUAGGCAUGCCUUCCCUGGCAACCCCAGUUCUGGCAACCGUAUUCACCAUUCUGUUGCUGCUCCUGCUCGUUCUGCUGCUGCUGAGACGAAGACAGAAGAAGGGUUGGGGCAUGACUGACCCUCUCCUCGAAGAUUUACCAAGGGAUAACAUUUUCUGCUACAACGAAGAGGGAGGAGGUGAAGAGGACCAGGACUACAACCUGGCUCAGCUCCACAGAGGGCUUGAUAACCGUCCUGUGGUUCUCAGCGCUGACGUGCGUCCUGCUGUCCAGAGCCGCCCGCAGUACCGCCUGCAGAUCCAACCAGACGAGGAGAUCGGCAGAUUCAUUGAGGAUAACCUCCACGCUGCAGACGGUGACCCCACCGCUCCGCCCUUUGAUUCCCUCCUGGUGUUCGACCACGAGGGUGGAGGCUCUGAGGUGGAUUCCCUCAGCUCCAUCAACUCCUCCGACUCAGACGGGGAGCAGGACUUUGAGGGCCUGGGUCAGUGGGGGCCGCGCUUCGGCAGACUGGCAGACCUGUACAGGGGGGGCGGAGAGGACGACGACGACCUGGAAACUCUGCCGGGAAAAACCGAAUGGGUCUGACGUCACCUCCUGUAUCUAUAGAAGCUCAAGUUUGUGUCAAUCUGCCCAGAACUCUGCUGUGUGACCUCUUUCUGCUGCCUUCUGUGUGAUGUCUGAGCUCUGAACACAAAUUGGUUUAAGCUUUAUCUUUAUGUUCUCUAUUUUCAUCUUUUGUGUUUAGUCAUUUUGCUAGAAUUUUUUCAAACAAAAACUCAGAACCUGAAUAAAAUU